AUGAGGAGAGAUUUAAGUACUUAACAAAGUUCGUAAACUGUUGAAAACAUCCCAUAGUUGCAGCCUACGUAAUGCAAUAUUUUAUAUUUAGGUUUCGGUUUGAAUAAGCUAUUUAAGUAUUGAGCUCAAUAUUGCUGUCCAAUUCUUUUUAUGUCAUAGCAGUUUUGUUAUUCAGCUUUGAAUUGAAUUUCGAUGGCAAUCUGCUAUCUGUUAUUUAUUGUAUCGAAUCAAAAUUGCUCUUACAAUUGAUCCAUUAGCUGUAUUUUUAUCGAAUAUUUCUACAAUUCAGCAUGUAUAGCACUUUUUAUUAGUUAUUUAGAACAGAUAAACACAUUUUAAUUAGAUUAUUGUCGACUUUAGUAGAAGGUUCCUAUUUACUCAUUCUUAACUUUUAUUAGAAAUCUAAGAGAAGAGACUUACUAUUGUAUUCAAACAUCCUUCCUUUAGUUAAUAUAUCCCUUUCGAUGAUUUUAAAAAUUAAUGAAGGAAAUAUAUACUUUAAAGAAUCAAUUUCAUAAAUCAAUAUGUAUCAUGUUUUCAGAAACAUUACUUUAUUGAUAACAUCAUUAUUUUUGUGCUUAAAACUUGAAGGGUACUUUCAAACAGAAUGGGUCUACACAUUGUGGAUGUUUUGGAUGCUUUUUGGGAUUUCUGCAUUAAUAGUGAUUUAUUGUAUUUUUGUGAUUUUGGGAUUGGGAAUACAAGUAAUUUUAGAAUAAAGUAGUAGACUAAAAAAUUAAGGUUUGAGAUUUGCAUUUAUUAUUAGUGAUCGUUAAUUUCUGGAUAUUAUUUUUUAUGAUGUCAAAUGCUCUCAUGCUUUUUUUAAUCCCAAUAUUAAUACUCAAUUUUUAUAAUGCAAUUAAUUGUAAAAAUGUCAUUGACACAACAAGAAUUAUCCUAAUAGUCAACUAAAUUAUAUUUUCUUAUUUUACAGUUAGAUUUAAACCAGAUUUAGUUUUAAGUUUAUAGUCUUACUUAUCCUUAAAUGAUUCAGUAAAUCCAUUAAACACUCUACCAACCUAAUAGGGAGAAGAACAACUUUAAUAAUCCAAAAAAUAAGAUUUAAUGGAUAGUCAAGUGAUAGAGCGUCCCAUUUAAAUUCCAAAAGUAGUGAAAAGAAUAUCAAAAACCUACUUUGGAUUUGAUGAUCUAUUUUCGGAUAAAAAGUCAGAGGCUUAACUCCAUUGUAAAAAACCCACUCAUCAUAAGGCCUUAUCAUCAUAAAUAUAAAGACCUUAAUAAAAUGAAAAUAUCAAAUUAUCUUCUUUAAUCAACAUUGGGUUGAGUGAAGGCCAACAGAGUAAUGCUGAGUUAGAAAAUAAUUUAAAAGAAUUUGAAUAAGUACUUUAUCUUACUUUAAUAGGUCAAUCAACCUGGAUCAGUCUCAUUAUCAUCUAUAAAUGCAUGCUGUAUCUGUUUUGACAAUGAGCCCAAUUCAUUAUUUAUGUAAUGUGGUCAUGGAGGAGUCUGCUAUAAUUGUGCAAUUGAUUUGUGGAAAAACAAAGCUGAAUGUUAUUUAUGCCGAAAUGUAAUUGAUUUUAUUUAUUCUAGAAAAUUGAUAGAGUUUUGAAAAUCAAAAUGACUGAAUAGUAAAAAAAUAUCUAUCAAGUUAUCGCUGCUACUGAAAUGAAUUAAAAACUAAAAAUUGAACAAAAGAAAUUUACAUAGAAUGAAUAAUAAUGA